AUGUCAUCGCCAUCCACACCCACAACCUCCAGGCUUGACCACGUCCUUCCCAUCCAACCACCGACCACGGGUGUUUCGACUUCCGAGAACAUGGCAGACCGUUAUCUCGUCAAAAUCAACCAAGAAUGUCGCAGAUUGGACAUUCUAGCCCAGAAGACCUUUGAUGUCUUCAACAUGCUCUGCAAGGGCACGUUCGAUGCGGAGAAAUACUGGGAGGAUCGCGAGUUGGAAAAGAUGAAGUAUCUUGAGAAGGCACUGGGCGGGUACAAUGUUGCAUCAACGGUGAGCCAUGAGAGACAUUGCACUCUUGAAUCGCCCACAUCCAGCCACUCGGAGGAUGAGGCUUGCCAUGGCGGGAAAACGCCUCUCUUCUAA